CUAUUGGACCAGAAAAGUGUGGCAAGCGUUGUUCGUUAUGGGAAGCUGAGAUAUCCACCAACACAUGAAGCCACAGGGUAUUCUCUUGUUUACAAUCAGCUCUCCCCUUUUGAAGUCCAAAAUUAUACUUCCGGAAUCAUCCACCAUGUUCGUCUCACAAGGUUGAAACUGAAUACACUGUACUUUUAUCGAUGCGGGGAUCCUUCUAUACAUGCAAUGAGUCAAAUCCACCAUUUCAGGACUAUCCCAGUUUCUGGUCCUCGGAGCUACCCUGAGAGAAUAGCGGUUAUGGGAGACCUUGGCCUUACUUACAACACAACUACCACAAUAAGUCACUUGAAAAGUAACAAUCCUGAUCUUGUUCUAUUGAUUGGUGAUGUUACUUAUGCAAACCUCUACCUCACAAAUGGAACUGGCUCUGACUGCUAUUCUUGCUCAUUUCCAAACUCUCCAAUACAUGAGACCUAUCAGCCUCGAUGGGAUUACUGGGGAUGGUAUAUGCAGAGUUUAGUGUCCAAAGUUCCAAUAAUGGUUGUUGAAGGGAACCAUGAAAUAGAAGAACAGGCUGAAAAUAAGACUUUUGAGGCUUAUAGUUCUCUACCAUUUGGUUCCGAUCCCAAGCAUGUUCAUGCCUACAAGAGAUCGAAUCGAGAUUAUGAUUACAACUUAGAUUCCUGUGGUCCUGUGUAUCUCACCGUUGGUGACGGGGGUAAUCGGGAGAAGAUGGCAGUUCAACAUGCUGACGAACCUGGUCAUUGCCCAGAGCCAUCAACUACUCCUGAUCAACACCUAGGUGCUGGUGCCUUUUGUGUAGAGAAAUUUACCUCCGGCCCAGCAGCAGGUAAAUUUUGUUGGGAUCGGCAACCGAAUUACAGUGCUUUCAGAGAAAGCAGCUUUGGCCAUGGGAUCCUUGAGGUGAAGAAUAAGAUUUGGGCUUUGUGGACAUGGUACCGGAACCAGGACUCCGACAAUAAAAUUAGAGAUCGAAUUUAUAUAGUGAGGCAGCCUGAUAAAUGCUGCAUCCGCCAUGCGUUCUAA